CAACCCCUCUGCAAACCUAAUCUAUAACGCAACUCUUUUUCUUGUUCUUCUCUCUCUCUCUCGCUCUCUCGAUUCUUCUGAGAGUUUAUUUCCCAUACAAACAGUGUGUAGAUACGUCCGUGAUUUCACAUAUCUUUAUCAUAAUCUGUUACAUUGAUCGACUAUCGUAACCCUAGUUUGUAGGAUUUGAUUAUCAAUCGCUAAAUUACAGCAGCGACAACGUCCUAGGGUUCUAAGAUAUUGUACCGGCGAUGAAGUCGAGCAGGCCAGGCCACGGAGGAGACGACGUCGAGACGCCUUCGAACAACCUAUGGAUCGGGAAUCUGUCGACAGACGUUACCGACGAGGAUCUUAUGGAUCUCUUCGGCAAGUUCGGUGCGCUUGACAGCGUCACCACGUACUCGUCGCGGAGCUUUGCUUUUCUCUACUUCAAGCGUGUGGAAGACGCCAAGGCCGCCAAAGAGUCUCUGCAGGGAGCUGUUGUGCGCGGAAAUCCGGUUAAGAUCGAGUUUGCGAGACCGGCUAAACCUUGCAAAAAUCUAUGGGUCGGUGGAAUCAGCACAACAGUUUCUAAGGAACAGUUAGAAGAAGAAUUUCUCAAGUUCGGCAAGAUUGAAGAAUUUAGGUUUCUCAGAGACCGCAAUACUGCAUUUAUUGAGUACUCAAAGUUGGAAGAUGCUUCACAAGCCAUGAAGAGCAUGAAUGGACGGCGCAUAGGUGGUGUCCAGAUACGUGUUGAUUUCCUUAGGUCACAACCCUCAAGAAGAGAACAGUUGCCUGACUUUCGGAAUUCCCGAGAGAGUCAGAUUUUCGGCUCUCAUUCCAUAAGAAGGCCUCAGGUUACUCAGUCUUCAAUGGGGCGGAAAGGAGAUGGUCAACCCAGUAAUAUUUUGUGGAUAGGCUACCCUCCUUCUGUUCAAAUUGAUGAGCAAAUGCUGCAUAAUGCAAUGAUUCUGUUUGGUGAGAUUGAGAGAAUCAAGAGCUUCCCUUCAAGAAAUUAUUCUUUUGUGGAGUUUCGGAGUGUGGAAGAGGCCCGGCGUGCUAAAGAAGGGUUGCAGGGCAGGUUGUUUAAUGAUCCUAGAAUCACCAUUAUGUACUCUAGCAGUGGGCUGGCGCCAGGGAAAGACUACCCAGCAUUUUAUCCUGAAGUUAGGGGGGCCACACCUGACUUGUACGGUGAACAUCUAUUCGGGACUUCACAGGUGGAUAUGCUUGGCCAUAAUCUUCCACCAAUGCCAAACAAUUUUGCUGGACUAGUACAACCUAGUAGCAUUCUAGGAUCUAACAUGCCAAUGAGGCCUACUGGGUCUGGAGGUGGUAUCGAUCCUCCACUUUCAGGCCCUGAUUUUGAUGAUUUGGCAGCUCUUCACACUUUGCGGGAAAAUUUCCCCGACCACCGGAUGGGGCCAAACCGAGGAAGGCAAUCUUCUCCUGCUCCUGGGAUGCUCCCUUCUCCUGCAUCAAGGGUUAGGCCACACAUGAGGUCUGUUUCUGGUGGAUGGGAUGUGUACGAGACGCAGCUGUUUCAAGGGGAUGCUAAGCGGUCUAGGGUCGAUGGAACAUUGCCUAUAGAUGAUGCUUCUUUUUCUUUAAGAAAUAUUGAUGAUAAAGGGUUAGGAUCCGAUAGAUCAUAUGGUCGUAGUCCAACAAUUGAUGAAGGUAUUCUUGGUCCAUAUACAGCUGGGAAAGUUAAGAAUCGGCUAAGUCCUGUUGGUGCCAGGAUGCCUAGGGGAGGACCAGUUCAGGGCCAUCUUGAAGAUGACUAUAUUUGGCGCGGAAUUAUUGCUAAAGGUGGAACGCCUGUUUGUCAUGCUCGAUGUAUCCCUAUUGGAAAAGGGAUAGGAUCUGAACUUCCAAAUGUUGUUAAUUGCUCAGCAAGAACUGGAUUGGAUAUGCUCGCAAAGCACUGUGCUGAGGCUGUCGGGUUCGACAUUGUCUUUUUCUUGCCCGACAGCGAAGAUGAUUUUGCUUCUUAUACGGAAUUUCUUUGCUAUCUGGGUUCAAAGAAUCGUGCUGGCGUUGCAAAACUUGACGAUGGGACCACACUAUUCUUAGUGCCUCCAUCAGAUUUCUUAAUCAAAGUUUUGAAGGUAACAGGCCCUGAACGUCUAUAUGGUGUUGUUCUCGAGCUGCCACUGGUCCAUGAUAGUGCGACUGUGCAAAGACAAUUAUCUCAGCCUAUCCCUUCUUCAGGUUAUAUUGAUAGGCAGCAGAUGCGUCCUCCACAUGCUGACUAUAGUCUAAACCCUAAGGAGGAACAAGUUCUACAAGGAAAUUAUAGCGGGGUUAUACAUGAGGAUGCAAAGCUUCCUACAAAAUAUCAUUCAAAAGGCAGUGAGUCCCUGGCACUGCAAUCGGUUACUAAAGAGUAUGCAUCCAAUAAAACGACUGCUUUUUCUCAAGCUGGAGUUGCUUUGACACCUGAACUUAUAGCCACUCUUACAUCUUUACUGCCUGUCUCUACACAAUCUUCUGCUUUGGAAAAUGUUCAGGUGGCACCAGCACAUUCUAUCUCCAGACAUUCAGUUCCUUCAGUUGUACCUGACAGAGGGAGCUCAGCACAAGGAUGGAGGCCUGACAGUCUUGUUUCUGAGAAGUCUGAGCAUUUAUUGCAACAAUUAGGGAAUUCGUUCAAUUCUCAUGCACAGGGUCAGUCACAGCUGCACUCUUAUCCUACUGUGCCACAUACACUAGGUCAUACGAAUGCGGUUGCUAGUAGCACUCAAAUUCAAGAUUCAUCUGCUAACCGACUACAACAUAGUAUAAAUUCAUCCAGACCAUCAAUGAAUAUGGCAAUACCUUCUCAAAGUGGACAAUAUACUGUUUCCCCGAGGAUCAACCAGCCAUAUCCGUUUGAAGCUCCUGAAGGCACUCAAGGUCAUGGAAUGAUGCAUGGAAUGGAUGUUCCUAUGUUGUACAAUCCUUCUGUUGCUGAGCAGCCUAACAAUCACAUUUCCAUGUCUAAUCAUAGUCUUGGCGCAAAUUAUCCUCAUUCUCAUAGCGUUGUGACAUCCUCUGCUGACCCUGCAAAUAUGGACAUUCCAAAUCAGGUGCAGCAGCUUCAAUCUGUGCAUCCAGUUGCUGGUCAAGGAACAUCUGAGGGCGAGGAUGAUAAAGAUCAGAGAUACAGGAAAACACUGGAACUAGCUGCUAAUCUUCUCCUUCGCAUACAAAAUCAGCAGCAAACUGGUGCGCCAACAGGGGAGGGUUCUUGAAAUCAGUGAUGAUGGCCAUUCUUCUCGUCUAGGUAGUUGAGAAUUUUGGCAUGUAAAAGGAAUCAACAGAACAUAAUAGUUAAGAGGAUCAGGAGAGCAGAAAUGUGGGUAAAUAUCUGCUGUUAUGGUGUUGUAACAUUUAUGUUUUUCUUUAAUCAUUUUGGACGCAAACUUGUAAGGUUUAAGCCCAAAAUUGAUGAUCACAUUUUGUAGGGAUGGACUAGUAUCUAAUCUUAUCCCCGACAGUGAUGAUGGUCCAGAUCCAGUUGGAAUUUAUGUGCCAAAUUUGUUUCCUAGUAUGUGAGUUGGAUUUACUACCUUUUGUAUCCCAUUUACAGUGUUAAAACAGGUUAAUAUUGAGAGAAGGUAAAGACUAGGGAUCGGUAGUUGGCACCUUAUCCACAUGUAAUGGCCCACCCCUUUACACUAUCAACACUUUUGUUCAUUUUGGAUAAGUCCAUAUUGACCCGUGUGACAUUGUUCUUU